AUGAGACCUGGGGCAAAGGAGCUGGGGAAGGAAGCCCCACGCUGCGAGGAGCCCCGGGAGCCUCCGGGCUUGUUCUGCCUCUGGCUUCGCCUUCACCAGCUGCUGAGAGACCUGCCCGGAGCGGCCGGAGGAGAGAGGGGGAAAGAAAGAGGCUCUCCGCUCCACCAUGCAGCCUUUAGGGCACUCACCGAGUACCAGAAGCUUCCCGCUCCUCUCUCCAGCAAGCAGCCUCCUUCCUCCCAUGAAGGUGUGACCAAGAAGUGUGUGCCGCUGGCCAGGUGCUUCCCGCAGCUGGGGAGCGAGGGGAGCCAAGCCCCACACACCACCCCCUCGGGCCACAGGGUCACCUCUGCCCCUCCUGAUGAAAUUCUACUGACUCCCUGGAGGGACUUCCCUGUCGAGGACACAGAUCCCUUUGCCCCCCCAGAUGAAGAGAAGUGGGACUUUGUCCUGGUAAGUGACAUCCACGAAGUGGGCAGCCAGAAGGAGAUCAAGAGGAAGAAAUUCCUGGAUGAGCUGAGCAAGAAGGGGUUCAUCAUCAAGAAAAUCGAGGACAAGAAGCUCUUUUAUGGGGUCCGUGCCCCCAGACAGAUCUUUAAGAAAUACCAGUGGCUGCUGAGGAACCCUGACAGCAGGUGGCAAAACUCUGAUGCCCAUCAGGAUGUACCAGUGACCACCAGGAUACGGAUCGUGAACUUCAUCCUGCAGAACACGGUGACACCCGACCUUGAAAAGCUACAUGACUUGAUGAAGAAGAAGGUCUUUGAGGCUUCAUUUCCCCUGCAUGAGAAAGAAGAGGUAAGGGAGUUCCUGAAGGAGAAAUGGGCUCGCUGGAGAAGCAUAUUUCACCAUCAGCCAAUUGAAAAGAUCAGGUGCUAUUUUGGCGAGAAGGUGGCCUUGUACUUCGCCUGGCUGGGCUGGUACACGCGGCUGCUGGGCAUCGCGGCGGUGGCCGGCUCCAUUGUCUUCGUGAUUGGGAUCACCAUUUUCAACUCCAGCCAGGUGAGCAAGGAGAUCUGUGAAGCUAACACCACCAUCAUGUGUCCUCUCUGUGACCAGAAUUGUCCAUUCUGGUACCUCUCUGACACCUGCACCUAUGCUAAGGUCACCCACAUGAUUGACAACGAGGCGACAGUUGUGUUUGCCAUGUUCAUGGCAAUCUGGGCCACUGUGUUCCUGGAGCUGUGGAAGAGGAAUAGAGCCACUGUUGUCACCAACUGGGACCUGUACGGGUGGGAUGAGGAACAGGAGGAGCUGGCCUUGGAGCUGAUCAACAACUUGCAGCACGAGCCCCGGCAGUACCAGCACUCCUACUUCCGCAGCACCAUCGUUCUCGUCUUGGUGCUGGUGAUGAUGGCGGUGACGAUCGGCAUCGCCCACGCGCUGGUCAUUUACCGCGUGGUAGCCACAGCCCUCUUCAGCCAGAGCCACUCCGAGUUCCUCCGCGAGCAGGCCAACACGGUGGCCGUGAUGACAGGGGCCGUGCUGCACUACAUCACCAUUGUCAUCAUGACCAAGGUCAACAGGCGCGUGGCCCUCUUCCUCUGUGACCUGGAGAAACCAAGGACCUUCACUCAGCGUGAGAAGAAUUUCACCAUGAAGAUCUUCACCUUCCAGUUCUUCACACACUUCUCCUCACUCAUCUACAUUGCCUUCUUCCUGGGACGGAUCAAUGGCCACCCAGGGAACUAUGUCCGCAUUGCUGGCAAGUGGAGGCUGGAGGAGUGCCACCCCAGCGGCUGCAUCACUGACCUCUUCAUCCAGAUGGCCAUCAUCAUGCUGCUCAAACAGACCAUCAGCAAUGUGAUGGAGUAUCUCAUCCCCUGCAUCGCCCACAAGCUACGCAAGAAGCCGCAGCGCCCCAAGAAGAGGAGCAUGGUGCUGGGAGAGGAGGAGGAGGCUGAGGACCCCUGCAAACGGCAGUGGCUGAACAACUACCGACUCAACGAGGUCAACAUCUUCAGCCUGUUUGAUGAGUUCUUGGAGAUGGUGAUCCAGUACAGCUUCACCACCAUUUUCGUUGCUGCUUUUCCCCUUGCCCCACUCCUGGCCUUCAUCAACAACGUCUUUGAGAUCCACCUGGAUGCCAUCAAGAUGAUGCGGCUGUACCGGCGCAUGGUGCCCAGGAAGGCAAACGACAUCGGAAUCUGGCUGCAGGUCCUGGAGGCCGUGGGCAUCCUGGCUGUCAUCGGGAACGGGCUGGUGAUUGCCAUCACCUCCGACUUCAUCCCCCUGCAGGUCUACAAGUACACCUACAGCCCCUGCAUGACAAAGAACAGCUCUGGUGUGGACUGCUCCACUGGGUACAUCAACCACAGCCUCUCCGUCUUCCGCAUCCAGGACUUCGAGCCCCACACGAGGGCCGAGGCACUGCCCAACUUCAACAGCACCCAGAACAAGGAGUGCAGGUACCGGGACUACCGGAACGCUGACGACUACAGCUACACGGUCCAGUUCUGGCACAUCUUCGCUGCACGGCUCGCCUUCCUCAUCCUCUUUGAGCAUGUGGCGCUGUGUGUCAAGCUGAUCGCAGCCUGGUACAUCCCUGAUGUCCCCCAGUCAGUCAAGAACCAAAUUCUGGACAAAAAACACACCAACCUUCGGAAAGAACUGAGCAUGAUGGAGUACUCCACUGAGGUGUAGCCACUGCUCUCCACAGAGAGCCAUGGGAUUUCAGCCCUUAUCCCCAGCUUGGAAGUGCCAUGGGCGUGAGAGGAACCACCGUGGCAGGGCCCAUGGAAGCAAGCCACAUGUCCCAGCUGUGACUGAGCUUGGACUUGAGCUGGGAAGUGACAACAUGUUGGUGGCUUCACAGCAGCAGGGUCCUUUCCAGCUUGCAUGGCCAUCAGGAGGAAAGAAGCUGUGGCAGCCACCAGGGAUGGUGCCUUCCCCACACACCAGGGAAGAGCUUUGGCACUGGGGAUGAGCCACGGUGCAGCCUCCAGCCUGUGCUGUGCGAGCACGAUGCUGGUCUGCAGGAGAUAACCUGGCUCCAUCAGUCCCUGCUCCAAGACGCUGCUGGCACCGUCAAGCCGCCGGGCACCUCGCUCCAGCUUCCCACUCCAGCUCUUCUCUUGCACUUUGCCCUCCGUGACCUCCCUGCUCUGGCACUGCCGAUGAACUUGAGUCUUUCCUCCUUCCCCAUGGCAUGGCCACCACGUGGCUGCAGCUCCGACCUGCUGUUUUCAUGGACACUGGGAAAAAUGCUGGAAUUAGGCUAACUGUGAUUUGCUUUAAACCUACCUUGAGCACCAUGAGAGCCGUGCCUGGCCCAAGAGCAAAAUGGGUAAAUAAACACAACAGCCACGCAGCCCCAGGCAGCCAGAACUUCAGCUGCUGCCACUC